AUGGAUUCUGACUUGUAUGACGAGUUCGGUAACUACAUCGGACCUGAGCUCGGCUCUGACGAUGAGGAAAAUGAAGACGAUGUCCCACUCGCUGGAGACGCUGAUGAAGAAGCAGAAGAGGCUGAUGACCAGGAGGAAAUGGAAGAUGAUGCAGAGGAAAUCCCACAGAAUCAAAUAGUUCUUCACGAAGAUAAAAAGUACUACGCAACCGCACUAGAGGUCUAUGGAGAGAAUGUCGAAACGAUUGUACAAGAGGAAGAUGCUCAGCCACUGACCGAGCCUAUCAUCAAGCCUGUUACGCAACGCAAGUUCCAGUCAGUAGAACAUAAUUUGCCUGAGACAGUUUAUAAAAAAGAAUAUCUUGCUGAUCUUAUGGAUUGUCCCCAUAUUAUGAGGAACGUCGCUAUAGCUGGCCACCUCCACCACGGAAAGACGACGUUUUUGGACUGCCUUAUGGAGCAGACUCAUCCCGAAUUUUUCCGCGCAGAGGAUGCUGACACUAGGUUCACGGACACGCUCUUCAUUGAACAGCAACGGGGAUGCUCCAUAAAAGCUAUGCCAGUGACAAUUGUAAUGGAAGAUUCACGUCUGAAAAGCUAUCUUCUCAACAUCAUUGAUACUCCAGGUCAUGUCAACUUCUCUGAUGAGGUCACUGCUGCUUAUCGACUAUGCGAUGGUGUAGUGAUCGUUGUAGACGCACAUGAAGGAGUGAUGAUGAACACUGAACGUGUGAUCCGUCACGCUGUGCAGGAACGUUUACCCAUUACCCUUUGUGUGAACAAAAUCGAUCGCCUUAUUCUGGAGUUGAAGAUGCCACCCGCGGAUGCGUAUUACAAGCUACGACUUGUCAUAGAUCAAGUCAAUGGAUUACUGCAAACGUUCUCUGAGGAUGACACACCUGUAUUGUCUCCCCUUCUGGAAAAUGUUAUCUUCGCAUCCGGUCGCUACAAUGUCUGCUUCUCGUUGCUGUCGUUCGCGAACAUCUAUGCAGAAAGAUGUGGCAACGUCAACGCUCGUGAGUUUGCCCGACGAUUAUGGGGCGAUAUCUACUUAGACAAGUCAACUCGAAAGUUCUCGAGAAAGCCACCUACCCCGGUUGCGCAGAGGACAUUUGUUGAGUUCAUUCUGGAGCCGCUAUACAAAAUUUUUAGUCAAGUUGUGGGCGACGUAGACACUUGCCUGCCACACAUGAUGUCAGAACUGAACAUCAGGCUGACAAAAGAGGAGCAGAAGAUGAACGUGCGACCACUGAUCGCGCUCAUUUGCAAGCGAUUCUUCGGAGAUUUCAGAGGGUUCGUUGACUGGUUGUUGAAAAUACUAUUAAAUCGCCCAUUGAAAAUGCAAAAACCAAAGUGGAGCAUAUUUGGCUCGGACCAGCGGACAGCAAACUUGCGACGGAGAUGGCAAAAUGUGAUGCUAAUGGACCUUUAA